CAGGACAGAGGGGCAGUAGUGGUCAGGCGAGCAGACGACGCGCAGCCAGUCAGAUAGCUGCGAGUAAGUGAACCACGGGACGCGGGAGGCGGCCAGUUGCGAUGUACUACAAGAGUUAAGGUGUUUCAAUGGUCAGUCGCGGCCCCGGUGGGCACGUAUAAGCCGGAGAGUGAUGCGAGUGGUGCACUGUGAGAUAAAGCGAACAAAGUGUUGCCAACUUAGUGUUAUGGAGAAAGGUGCUGCGAAAGUGAGACAAGCAAGUGUGAAAGGCGCAAGUCGCCUCUAGACAUCUGCACAGGCGCCGCGCCGCUGAAGGCUGCCAGGGUGGCGGGCGCGCCCAGGUGGUGCAAAGCGUGAUGGGCGGCAAAUAAGACCACGAGGCACCACUGACGCCCCUCAUGACCCGAAGCAGGUGGGGGGCGGCCCGCCUGGCCACAUUGCUGCUGCUGGCCAUGGUGGGCGUCGCUGGAGAGGCCAUGCCCGCACCCCCAGUCCCCCCUACCAAUCACACCGUAGAGGAUGACUACGAGUACUACUAUGACUAUGACUAUUACUAUGAUGAGGAUGGAUCCAGGAAGCUAAAUAUGAGCGAAUUUCGCCUGCCGAAGGAGCAGAGGCGGAUUGGCGAACCUUACGUGCCUCGCUACAUGUUGGAGUUGUACGCCGAGCAGAGUCUUAGCAGGCAGACGCCGCUGCCUGGCGCCGAUCUUGUCAGGAGCUUCACUGCCGUCAACACAGAGAGCCAUGCCGGUGACCCGGACGUUGGGGGCAGGGCAGCGAGGAAGCACACGCUGGGCUUCAACGUGACGGCACCGCGGGGAGAGACAGUCACCAACGCCACACUGCGUCUGUAUACCAUCAUCACCCGUGACCAAUACGCCUAUAUCGGAGUGGAGCGUCGCGUGCGAGUGGAAAUGACUCUGCCCCGCGACGAGGCCUUGCACGGGAGUCACGUGACGGAAGAGGACCUGAUGACUGUGAAGGUGUGUGAAAAAGACAUUUAUGAGCUGCACAACGCUUGGGAAACCUUCGACGUGACCUUCGCCGUGAGGCACUGGCUGGCGCACCCUUCCCGUCCCCAGCUCCUGCAGAUCUAUAUUGAAUCAGUGUUUUCAACUGUUGGAAGUGGUGGCGAAAUGGAUGUGGCCACCAUGCCUCUGACGGAUAGUGAACCACUUCUCCUCCUCUACUCCUCCGUCAGACACCGCAAACAGUCGCGUCAUGAACUCAAUGUCAUGAUUUCGCAUGAAAACGACAUUCAAAACAAAAUCCAGAGUAGGAGAAAGAAGCGGUCAUUAGAAAAAUUGCAGAAGGUUCGAGUGCGAAGAAAUGCAGCGGAGAUUCAAGAGGAGGAGAGCAACAUGAUCUGGGAGGGGGAGCUGGUGGUGCCAGGCUUGCCUCAGCAUGCCCAUAACUCACUGGGAGAUCGAGGAAGAGGACGCCGGGGGCGCAGAAGAAGGGCUAAAAACGGAUGUAAAAAGAAGCCACUGCGGGUAGACUUCAAAGACAUUGGGUGGGAUGACUGGAUCAUUGCACCAGUCUCCUAUGAGGCAAAUCAGUGCACCGGGAAGUGUUUCUACCCACUGGCAUCUCACCUGAGCCCAACAAAGCAUGCUGUGGUGCAGACUCUGAUGAAUUCAGUACAUCCAGACCGCAGCCCCCGUGCCUGCUGUGUUCCCACCAAGCUGGGACCUAUCUCCCUCCUCUACUUUGAGAACAAUCAAACUCCCACCUACAAAUACCAGUAUGAUGACAUGGUGGUGCUGGAGUGUGGAUGCAGAUAGUGGAGCGAGCCCAGCAUAUCCCGAAUAGAUAGCUGGGAAAGCCAAGUGAAGAAAAUAUACUCAAUAAACUUUCCUCAAAACAUUUUGUAAUGCCAUUUGAAAAUGUACAGUAUUUAGUCAUAUUUAAAAAAAGACUUGUCUUAUAGUAAAUAAAUGAAAAGCAGA